AUGUUCUGGAUUAUAUUGAAUACUGGGAUGAUAAUAGAAGGUGAAAGGUACAUUACAAUGAAAAUCCAAUUUAAUAGUAACAUUAAUAUCGAAAAUAGAGGAUACACGGCUCACAAUGUGCCAUGUAAAAUACGUUAUUCCGGUCCUUCCGAUGAGUUUGAAGAUAAUUUCAUAUUCGAUGAAGAUAACACUAAUGAUAUGUACGUGAACUACUUGAGAGGUUGUAAAAUUGUGGGACAAGAGAUAAAUAGUGUCUUUGAUAAGGAAGUCAAUUGCUAUUUGAUGGACGUUACAGGAGAUAUGGAUAUCUCAGAAAGUCAUAAUGAUAAAAACGGUGAUAGCGAUAAUAAAAAAUUAGAAUCUAUUAGUCUAGUUCCUGUAGCAAAAAUUUUAAAGGUUAUUAAUUAUGAACGUGAUGGUAAUGAAUCACGUUUAGUCGAGGAAAUGGGCAAAUUUGAAGAAUCUUUGGAAUUAAAUGAAUUGAUUCAUGGUUGA